GUUUUCGCGUAUCGACCCCUCCUUUUAUUGAUGUUCAUCAACUGAUAUUAGGAUUCUUAUUUUUUUCCGCUCCAGAUUUGAAACUGAAAUCGAUAAGCUCUGAUCUCGAUUCCUCAAAGCUGUUUGUGUACUCUUAUCGCCAGGAAGGAAUUGAGUAAGAUGGAUCCGGACGCAGUCAAGUCGACCCUCUCGAACCUGGCGUUUGGGAAUGUAUUGGCAGCUGCUGCUAGAGAUUAUAAGAAGGAAGUGCUUGCAAAUGAGAAGGCACAAUCAUCAAGUCAUGUCAAUGAGGAGGUUGAUCUUGAUGAACUUAUGGAUGACCCAGAGCUAGAAAAAUUGCACGCUGAUAGGAUUGCAGCACUCAAGAGAGAAGUUGAGAAGAGGGAAGCGUUCAAAAGACAAGGGCAUGGUGAGUAUCGAGAGGUGAGCGAGGGAGAUUUUUUGGGUGAAGUCACCAGGAGUGAGAAAGUUAUAUGCCAUUUCUACCACAAGGAGUUUUACCGCUGCAAAAUAAUGGACAAGCAUCUGAAGACUCUUGCGCCUAGACAUGUGGACACUAAGUUCAUUAAAGUGGACGCAGAGAAUGCUCCUUUCUUUGUCACGAAGCUGGCAAUAAAGACCUUGCCCUGCGUUUUGCUUUUCAGCAAGGGAAUCGCAAUAGAUAGGCUAGUUGGGUUCCAGGAUUUGGGGACAAAGGACGAUUUCAGCACUACCAAACUGGAAAACGUUCUGGUUAAAAAAGGAAUGCUCAGCAAGAAGAAGAAAGAGGAAGAUGAUGAAGAUGCUGAGUACCAAGAGAGCAUAAGACGGUCGGUUAGGUCUUCAGAGAAUCUGGACUCUGACUCUGACUGAUCAACCACCUUACAUCACAGAUUUGUCUCUGUUUUGCCUUUUGCUCCUUUCUUAUAUGUUUAUUAGGUAAGGAAGCUUCAUAUUGUAUGUGUACUACAUUGACUUGAUUUUGGCUUUAAGAAAAAGCUAGAAAACAGAUGUUCAUGAUUUGAAAGAAGGGUAUGUUAGUAGUAA